AUAAACAUUUGAUUAAGGAUGUGAAAUCACACGUUGGUAGGGAUCAACGGUUACGAUAAUUAUAAAUAUUAGUAGUGUUUGUGAUUGUAUAUAAUUUGGUUAAAUUGUUUGAUAUGAAUUUAACAGUAUUAAUAUUAUGUAUUACUGCAACAAGUGUGUACAUGUUUCCUUGUAGUGACCCUAUUGUUGCAGAUGACAAUAGCAAGACAGAAGUUCCUUCGCCGAGUACAAACGAUGAACAACUACCAAGCAAUAGAAUUGUAAAUCACCUCAAUGAAAGAAAACUUGAGAGGCCAACAGAAACGUCGACGAUGAAAUCAAAUGGAACUAAAUUUAAUAUAUAUCAUAUAGUUAAUGUGAAAGAGAACGGUUGUCCCACUAAUUAUUCUAGGGACCCGAAUGGAGUAUGCCGUGAACAGGAAAACUGAAGACUAUGAAAUAUUUUUUAUACAAAUAAGUUAUCAAUUGUAAUAUCAUUAAAAAUAAACCCAUUCAACAAUC